AUGUGGCUGAAAGCUCCAGAGACAACAAACAAGCUGGACCUGGUGCAUGGGAGUCCAGUUCCAACGCUUUCUACAAUAUCUGCACACACAGGCAACUACAUAAGGUUGUCCGUCGAGGCAGGUAGACGACCGCAGAUGGAGGAGGAGGAGGAGAGAGAGGAGGAGAAUGCAGCAACGUUUCCACGUCAGGCACAUUGUUUAGCCACCUCCGGCCGGGGUCCUCAGACUCGACAUUACCGCGGUGCACCCUGGUUCCUUCCUUUCGAUCCCAGGCUCGCUAGUGAAAACAUGGGAAAGUGUCGUGGUCUGCGUACUGCCAGGAAGCUCCGUAACCACCGCCGUGAGCAGAAAUGGCACGAUAAACAGUACAAGAAGGCCCAUCUGGGCACCGCUCUGAAGGCCAACCCCUUCGGAGGAGCUUCUCACGCCAAGGGCAUCGUGCUCGAGAAAGUAGGUGUGGAGGCUAAGCAGCCCAACUCUGCCAUCAGGAAAUGUGUGAGAGUUCAGCUCAUCAAGAACGGCAAGAAGAUCACCGCCUUCGUCCCCAACGACGGUUGCCUCAACUUCAUCGAGGAGAACGAUGAGGUUCUGGUGGCAGGAUUUGGACGUAAAGGUCACGCCGUCGGUGACAUUCCUGGAGUUCGUUUCAAGGUGGUCAAGGUGGCCAAUGUGUCCCUGCUGGCACUUUACAAAGGCAAGAAGGAGAGACCCAGGUCAUAAACAGUUUGAGGCAGAAAAUAAAAUAAACGUGUUUUCAAAUUG